UAGUUGAGGGUGGGGCGCCAGAGGGAGAGAGAACGUCCUCUAGCUGUGUGCAAGGACACGGCCCUGAACGGUAAAACAGCUUUACUGAUGUUUCCAGCAUCUUGCGGGACGGGGAAAAGGUUCAUCAAUCGAUUUGAGUUUCGACUUUGGGAUAAGUGCGUGUUUAGCGUUUAUACACUGAAUUGUGAUUGCCUGAAUUAAGUUUUCAAACGUCGGCGUGUCACGGAUUUGAAGAAGUUUCCAAAAGUUUUCCAAAACUGCAAACUCCAGUCGGACGACAGGAGAGGAGAUAAUAUGAUUCUUCAAGGAGACCAGCUCCCUCUUCAAUAAGAUAAUGGAGUCUUACAUCUGUGGAGGAUGGUGGCGAUGGAAGUUCCGUAAUGUCCUGCCAGUUGCCCUGCUGUUGAUGUCCCUGCAAAGACAAGCAGUGUUGAGCUGUAGUAACUCCAACUGCGUUGUGGUGCUCAAGGACUCCCAGGGUGCAUUCACCUCCCCCUGCUACCCACAAGAUUACCCCAGUAGUCAGGCCUGCAAGUGGACUCUGCAGGCUCCAGCUGGAUUCAUUGUGCAAAUAACCUUCCUCGACUUUGAGCUUGAGGAGGCCCUUGGGUGCAUCUACGACCGCAUCAUUGUCAACACCGGCAACCAAGAUGUUAAGUUUUGUGGCUUAACAGCCAAAGGACUGACGCUAAACUCCACCGGCAAUGUGAUGGAGGUGUCAUUUAACUCAGACUUUAGCGUCCAAAAGAAAGGCUUCAGUGUCAGUUACAGGCAAGUUGCCGUGGCGCUAAGGAACCAGAAGGUCACAGUGUCCAACGGCGCAGGCAAAGUGAUCCAAGUCUCCAACUCGGUGACCAUACCUACCCUUCAGCAGUUCACUGUGUGCUUCGAGAUAGCCCGGCCCAACCAAAAGAGCAAGGAGACUAUCUUCUCUUACACCCGGCUAGAGGACAGCAGCGGUGAAGAAGCCCUCAGCUUCGGAAAUAACCAGGAAAGAAUGGCGCUGGUCAUGAGUAACGAGACAUGUCUGAUAGACUCUAUCCUCAACGCCUCAGACUUCACUUCCACCAUGAAGCAAUUCUGUCUCACGUGGGCCUCCACCACAGGCAAAGUGACCCUCUACUUCAACAGCAACUACAGGGUCAAGACCUGCUCCAACACGAUUGGGCACUCGGUGGGGGCUGGGGGGCUCUUCAUGCUGGGGUCCCAUAGCAGCUUUGAUGGGACCAUCUAUAACUUCCGCCUGUGGGAUUAUGCCAUGGACAUGACACAGCUGUUCGCCCUCACCUGUGAUGCCGUCGGCAACGUCAUCGACUGGGACAACAGCUUCUGGGACAUCCCCUCUUCACUGGCACAGACGGACAGCGCACUGAGCUGCAUCUGUUUCCCACAUUGCAUACACUUAACAACGGCUGCUCCAUCUAGUGGUACCUCUGUACCCGUCUAUACAUCACAAACCACCAGCUGUGCCUCUCCUGGACUGGGCUGCCCAGAGGGUCUUUUCUACAGGAUCUCCUUUGUUGUCAAUGACAAGGAGGCCAAACUAACAGAGUCUGAUGUUGAGAAAACUGUUGCACAAUGGCUCAAUCAAACAUUCCAAAACUGGACACAUGUGGUCUAUGUCGAUAAUUUCAGAAUCCAGCCUAACAGUGACUCACAGCUUAAGAGGAGUGCCAGUAAAAAAUUCACUUGCCAGGCCCUGUUGGUCUAUCAGACCAGCACCAAUCUGACCCUGGAAGAAGUAGCCAUCUCCACCAGGAUGGUGGGAAGCAGCCCUAACAUUGGCAAUGGACUGGAGAUAGAAACUGUCAACGUGCAGUCUGUCGAGAACUGCCCGGAGGAAACUCCCCUCCAUUAUAUCUGGCCAGAGAGCCGACCAACGGUCACUCAGUAUGUCCCCUGUUUCCCCAACAAAGACCAGACUGCAUCCAGAACAUGUGUGAUCAGCCCCCUGAAUUACACAGCGUUUUGGGGCGCCCCAGACAUCAGUAAUUGCACUGAUAUCGAUUCCAUCAAUGUUUCAGCAGAGAACGCUGCUGAAGUUGCCGACCAGCUUGCUGACAUCACCAACAACGAGCUCUCCACAGACGAGGUGUCCAAGGUGGUGGGCAAAGUGAAGGAGCUGGUCAACGUGGCCAAGAUCAACACCACUCUGGCCACCACCGUAUUGAACAUCAUCUCCAACGUGAUGACCAGCUCUGUGUCAGCCCUGGCUGUAGCCUCAGAGAGGACAUUGAAGACGGUGGAUGAGCUGGUUCAGAAGUUAGAGUUUGAUGGGCCUUCAGUGAGCAUCACCUCUAAAAAUCUGGCUCUGGGCAUCUCAACACUGAACCAUGGCAAGUUCAACGGGACCUCCUUCAGUGCCUUCAUACAGCCCAACACCACAGACCUCCAGAUUGACUUUGAGUCUAAUCAGCUGAAUCCCCUGGCUCAGGUCACACUGCCAGCUACUUUGCUCAAAAACCUAACCGACGCUGAGACCGCUGCCAUCUCCAGGAUUAACUUCAUGUUUUUCAGCAAGAUAGGACUAUUCCAGGACAAACAGGACGGGAUGUCUCUUAACAGCUAUGUCGUGGCCAGCAGUGUGGGCAAUUACUCCAUCAGUAACCUGCAGGAUCCCGUGGAGAUUGAGAUAGUACACCUGAAUUACCAGCCAAAGCCAAAGCCAACCUGCAUGUUCUGGGAUUUUACCAUGAAAAACGACUCAGGUGGCUGGAACAGUAAAGGCUGCAGGGUUAGUCCCAUGUCCAAUGGAAACAAGACUAUCUGCCUCUGUGACCAUCUCACACACUUUGGCAUCCUAAUGGAUAUCUCAGGAUCUGCUGCACAGAUUGAUGAGAAAAACACCAAGAUUCUUACCUUCAUCACCUACAUCGGAUGUGGCAUAUCGGCCAUCUUCUCUGCUGUAACGCUUCUGACUUAUAUCGCCUUUGAGAAGUUGCGUCGUGACUACCCGUCCAAGAUUCUGAUGAACCUGAGCACGUCACUACUCUUCCUCAACAUGGUGUUCCUAUUGGAUGGCUGGCUGGCCUCCUUCGAAAUGGAGGGCCUGUGUGUGGCUGUGGCCGUCUUCCUCCACUUCUUCCUGCUCACAUCCUUCACCUGGAUGGGCCUUGAGUCCAUCCACAUGUACAUCGCCCUGGUCAAAGUUUUCAACACCUACAUCCGGAGGUACAUUCUCAAGUUCUGCAUCGUCGGCUGGGGUCUGCCUGCUGCGAUAGUUGCUACAGUGGUAGCUAUUGACAAAAACUCCUAUGGGAAAAUGGAGUAUGGAAAGGGGGAGACUGGACAAGGCUCUUCUGAAUUCUGUUGGAUCCGGAGCCAUGUGGUGUUCUAUGUAACAUGUGUGGGCUACUUCUCUGUCAUCUUCCUCCUGAACGUGGCCAUGUUCAUCGUGGUUAUGAUCCAGAUCUGCGGUCGCAACGGGAAGCGCAGUAACCGCACUCUGCGUGAGGAGGUGCUGAGGAACCUGAGGAGCGUCAUCAGUCUCACCUUCCUCCUGGGCAUGACCUGGGGCUUCGCCUUCUUCGCCUGGGGACCCGUCAACCUGGCCUUCAUGUACCUCUUCUCCAUCUCCAACUCACUGCAAGGUUUAUUCAUCUUCAUAUUCCACUGUGCACUGAAGGAGAAUGUCCAGAAACAGUGGAGGAGAUACUUGUGUUGUGGCAGAUUCCGCCUGGCAGACAACUCAGACUGGAGCAAGACGGCCACUAACAACACCAAGAAGGUCAGCUCAGACACGGUGGGGAAGUCCCUGUCCUCCAGCUCUUUUGGCUCCAGUACAGCAAACUGGACUUCCAAGGCCAAAGCAACUCUAAACCCCUUUGCAAAGCGCAACAGUAAUGCAGAUGUAGCCCACCAAUAGCACGAAGGAAAACCUCCUGAGGUAAAGGUUACUCCAACCAGACCAAUCCUAAAAGUGUCUCCUUGGAUGGUGAGGCCUCCUCUUCCUCCUCCUCCAUCAUCCCAGUGCACCAAGUCAUUGACAAGGUCAAAGGUUACUGCUCGGCGCGCUCUGACAACUUCUACAAGAACAUCAUCAUGUCGGACAGCUUCAGCCACAGCACCAAGUUCUAGACCACCCAGCACUUCUCUUCUUCUCCCUGCUUUUUCUGCUAGCCCCUAACCAGUGGUGAUCUCCCCCAGUCCACAGUCUCACCCCAGGGUUGUAGCUUCCAGAGCAGCAGGGCUGUAUUGUUUUUACUGUACAAUAUUUGACUUAAUCAGCUGGUCCAGUCAGUGAGAUGUACUGAAAAGGGAAGUGGGGAAAUGCAUAGUUCUGUAGAAAAGGGAAGGGCUAAGCGGAGAAUGGAGUUUGGGAUUUACAUACUGUGACAUUAAUCUUUAACUGGCUAUGUGUUGUGUAAAUAUUUAUGGUAUAUCUAAUACGCCCCCUAUAAUUGAUUCUCAGUUGGUGUUGCACAUGCCUCGGGUUUUCAGUAGGGUCACCUUUCCUGUACAGAACUAUCAACAAUCUUAACUGUUCUGUUCUCAUUCUGCAAUCUGUAGAAAUACAGUAUGAGCAACAGGGAAGCAAAAUCCUCCAAUCUGGACCAAAUAUUCAGGCUUAGGCCUAUAUUUCAAACCCAAAGACUACCAAACAUGAGGGAGUUUGUAAAAGCUGUAGCAUUGUCAAUGUGUGCUCAAAAGGAACAGGUUGAGGUGUAGUUCUGGCUUUAGUCAUCUAUUUGUGAAUCCUGUGUGUGUUUAUUUGCUGGAAAGCAAUGUUAUGUUCCUUUACAGUGCCUUGCAUGAGGAGGUUUUGCAUAAAGUACUUCAUCACGACUAUGUUAUAUUUGUCAUGUAUAUAUUUUUUAAACCUUCAGAUGCUCUACUACUGAAUAACACAUGCAGAAAUGGAUGUCUGGUAUUGGUCCAUUCACUACUACUUCAUUUUGGUCACUUCUAUUUAAAUCAACCUCUGUGGGUGAUCUGUGUUUAAAGUGUCAUUUAGUCUGACCCUUCUAUGGAUAGAGGUUACCAGAGCCAUGUAUUUACAAUACAUAUAUGGCUGUAGAGGUUACUAAACCCGCAGCCAUUAAACUUAGAUUUGGUAAGAAAGUUUCAUAAACAUUCCACAUUGAAUUGUUCCGCAGUACAGCAACUCACAAAAUACUGUAAUGAUUGAAAAGGGACGACAAAACACUGGCAUUAUUUGUUCAUCCACGUUCAUGCCAACAUUUUAAAAUGGCAACAUGUUAAUCUGCUCUUCCGUGUUGCUUUAGUUAGCUUAAUAUGGUAGUCUUAUUUUCCCACCAAUAGGGGAACUGAAUAUAUUGCAUUACGUUAAAUGUUGCUGUGUGAGCUAUUGUUGUUUGUGUUUGUGAAGCGAUGGAACAAUGUUGUUUAAAAGUGUCUUUAUAUUUAUUUCUAUAGAGCUUUUUGCAUUUGUUAUUCCUCUUGAAUCCCCAAUGCCAGUUGAUCAGGACUAUGCCCCUGGAUAGAUAGAUAUACUGUUUUUGGAAAGAUGGAACUUUGUGGGCAAACAAAGCAUCGCUCUUGACCUGGGCAGGCGAACUGGGCCAGUUAUAUUUUGGAAGCAGUCAGUGUUCUCAACUGUUCUUUUCCAGCAUCAGGAAAAUAAUCGGAGCAUCAAUGAGAAAUUCCCUCAGGGGCCAAAUUUCAAGAGGUAAUGUGGGGGUCUUUUUGGGGUCUUUAUUUCAAGAACGUGUGGGAAGGGAUCACAGUGGGUUGAGAUCGUAAGAUGGAGUUCUCAUCUUUACAAUGAAUUGUAAAAUGACUGCUGGCAUCAUCUUUAUACAUAUUUGAAUAAGAUAUCCCAAAAUACACAUUUCCCAAUAUUCAACAAAGUAGUUAUCAACCUUUAUCAAGUCAUGUUAUUUGUUAUAGGCUAUUAUUUAGAGGUGCACAUUGUUCUAUCAAUGCAGAGAGAAUCCAGACAUCAUUUUCUCUGAUUCAUUUGUACAUUUCCCUAAUAAUUAAAUAAUGUUUCCAGGACAAAGAGCUAGGAAAUUACAAUGGUUAGAUCCAAACCAAUAUUGUACUUAGAUGUAUCACUGAUUUAAUAUGGAUGGUCUGGGUCUAUUUGAAAACAUUCUCCAAACCCUGUUAUUAGUUUUUCCACAACUUUUGUCAAUAAUAUAUUUUCUUGAAGCUGUCUGUAUGUCUCAACACCAUUGAUGAAUUAUGUUUCACCAAUAAAGGCAAUUAAAAGAACUGAAAU